AUCUUCAAGGCCUCACCAGACGUGCAGCAUCAGAAGUGGCAUGCCAAAUAUGGUCCCGUUUUUAACUAUGACGGAAUCUUUAAUGUGUGAAAAUUUCAUACUGCGAUACUAGCCAUGGCUCAGCACUUUACCGUCCUUUUUGCCCAGACCGUUCGUGUUUCAAUCACCGACAGGGCUGCUUUGAACUAUAUCCUAGUUUCGCACUACUCUGAGUUUCCAAAGCCAAAUGCGUCGCGAAGAAUGUUGAGUGAAUUGCUCGGGGAAGGUGCGCAACGUUGUUCCAGUAUGGACCUUCAUUUGAUUUCCAUCAAAUACUACUUAUACAUCAGGACUUCUUGUUGUCGAGGGUGCCGAUCACACACGCCAGAGGAAGAUAAUGGUAGACCGGAAACCAUUCUCUUCAUGUCUCCAACCAUAUGUUGAAGCUAUUUUGCUUCUCGCAGAACCCCGCAUUUGGCCCGACCCAGAUAAAAGCCCUCUUCAGCCUUUUCUCGGAGAAAGCAUUGGAAGUGCGUCCGUUGUACUAAUGACUAGCAGAUAUUUCCAUCUGAGGUCGGAAUCUAUCAGUUUCGUAACGUUAUGCUAGCCAAGGUAGCCGAGAAAGGAGGUGAACCGGUAGAGCUCGACGUCUGUGAAUAUGCGGCUAGGACUACAUUGGAUGUUAUCGCUUCAGCGGGUCAGUAUUCACUCUUGACGGUCUCGUCGUUCAAACGAGUUCAGUCAAAAUUUGAAAAAUCAAGGUUUCGGCUAUGAGACACAUGCUAUUGAGCGUGGUGACACCUCAGAAUUAUCACGCUCUUUCAACGAAGUGCUCCACUCGGUU